AUGAUGGCUAUCCAGCCCUGCGUUUACACUCUUCUGCUGCUCUGCCUUACGGGCCUGCCCGUGCCGGCGCAAGAUAUCGCUUAUGAGGGAGUUACCUAUGCGAAGGCGGACAACCUUGGCUUCUCCUUAAAUCUGGUCUCUGGUCUCGAGAGAAUAGCGCCUUUGCAGACUCCCCCCGUAGGAGAACUGGGCGACGCCGUGCUGGGAAAGCGCCAGAGAUAUCGAUGCGUGCCGCCUUCAUGGAUCCAAAGUCCCAACAACCCUGCAAAAUGCAGACCUCCUGGCGCUGAAUGUUGCGGCACGCGUUAUUACUACUGGCCGCAGACCCAGCACUGCUGCGCAGAUGGCUCGGGCUCUUGCCCGCUAGGCACCUUCUGCUGUCCCAAGAACUGCUGCCCGCCGGGAGGCAGAUGUGGUGCUGACGGGUCCUGCUCGACUCGAGUCACCCGUACCAGGACCCAGUCGUCAACUCGAACACGCACGAGCACAAGCACGACUACAACCGCAAGCACAUCGUCGACGAGAACCCGGUCCACGAGCACGGCGACGGCGACUCGUUGUGCUGCUACCAAUAGGCCGAGACAGGCUGCGCCGCCGGGAAAUCUUCCUGAGGUGAAAAUGCUGUUCAAGGAGAAGAUUAUGCGGGUGUCUGAUGGGAAGGGGGGGUUUAAAAGAGUGUGCGUUGAUAAUAGAGAGGUUAUGAAUAGCAUGUGUGACGGCAUGAAGGACUAUAACGGUUGUAUCUCGGAAGAGAUGCAAUUGAAGUACGAGCCAGACGAGAAGGCCAGAGCCAAUAAUAGGGGGAGGAAAUGCCCUGACAACUUCUGCACACCACAAAAUGUGGAUUGCGACCCUUCGAAUCCGAGAAAGCCAUGCAACCAGUAUUAUCAGUUCAUAGAUUUCUCCGCAAGCCAGCUGAGUAAUAAUCACCCGUUCCAGCUUACUUGUGAUGAAUUUCCAUUUGCGAACUCAAAAGAAGGAGGCAAUCCCGGGCGGGGGACAAGCAUAUGCGUACCAGCAUGGCAACAGAAUACCCAAGGAGGUUAUCUGAGCGGUAUCGGAAAGAGAACUAGCGGCCCGGAUAGGUCCUAUGUUUUGAAGCUUGUUGGAUGGGACUGUGCCAGGCGCCGGCCGAAGAGUGGCUUUUCCACAAACUGUGGAGGGAGAGUCAGGCGGGAGGUAGAGACUACCUUUAGCCGGGACGUUACGGGCGAGGAUUUGUGGAAGGACUUCGCAGAGCCAGGCGAGAACUAUUUGCUUCUUUAUAUCGGCGAUUUGCCAGCGGGAGUGUAUACCUACGACCUCAACCUCUCCACCGGUUCAUUCUCCGACAUCUCCAUCGUCGACAAACUCGGCGAACAACACGCAGCAAUCCCCGGCUUCAACGCCCAAAACGGCCGACAAACCAUCUCCUUCAACCUGACCUAUGGCGCCCCAGGCCUGGCACUCAUGGGCGUAACCCGAGAUACGAAUAUCUCCAUGGCGUAUAAUGCCACGGGGCUGACGGGCGAUGACGUGGCACCGAAGAGUGCCGCUGUAGGGAAUGCUGGGCUUAGGUUUGGACUUUUUGCGUUACCGGCCGCUGUGGCUUUUGGGAUGGCUAUUUUGUGGAUGUGA